AAUUUCUAUUUGUAUUUGUAUACAUUUCAGGAAUGGAAAACACUCCUACAACAUCAAAGCGGCAAAAGCGAAUUUUAAAUUUCGCGGAGGAGGAGAAGAGGCAGCUAAUAAGAGGGGUUAAAGAGUGGCCCAGGAUAUGGGACAUUACAAACCCAUUACAUUCUAAUAAAAAUGCUGUGGAACAGGCUUGGGUCCAUAUAAGCAAUUCGCUAGGCAAAAAUGUCAAUGAAUGCAAAGCCGGAUGGACAAGUCUACGGGAAAGUUAUCGCUACCACGCAAGGGUGGCACGAAAACACAAAAGCGGUAGCGCUGGUGGCUUAAUGCUGGAGGAACCUUCAUUUUCUGAAGCUAUUGACUGGGAGUUCGCUGAGGAAAUGGCAUUCUUGCCAAAUGUGUCCCACAAAAGAAAGUAA